AGCGUGAAAUCGCGUAAUCCUCGCGCUAAUUUUUAAACUUCAGAGGGAUUCCUGAGCAUUUGAACAAACACACGUCCUGGUCACGUGCCAAGGCUCAGAUCACGCUUGCGCCAGAGAAACAAGAUGGCGGAGAGUGCGGAAUUGAAGCAAAUGGUGAUGAGCCUCCGUGUCUCAGAGCUUCAGGUUCUUCUGGGAUAUGCAGGCCGCAACAAACACGGAAGGAAGCACGAACUCUUGACCAAAGCGUUACAUUUGUUGAAAGCCGGUUGCAGCCCUGCCGUGCAGAUGAAGAUCAAGGAGCUCUACCGCCGCCGCUUCCCCACAAAGAUGGUGUCCCCGACAGACCUCUCCCUCCCUGGCAUACACUCCACUUCUGGAGGAGCUCACGCAGGCCUGCCCGCCAGCCUAACACAGCUGGGAUUUGAUGGGCAUGGUUCACCGUCUCUACUACCUGUCGCACUGCUUGGGCCAAAGCACGAGCUGGGCCUGCCCCACCUGCCCUCCGCCCUUCACCCAGUCCAUCCAGACGUCAAGCUACAGAGGCUGCCCUUCUAUGAUGUACUUGAUGAGCUUAUCAAACCCACCAGUUUAGCCUCAGACAGCAGUCAGAGGUUUCAGGAAACAUGUUUUGCGUUUGCACUAACGCCUCAGCAAGUUCAACAGAUCAGCAGCUCAAUGGACAUUUCUGGGACCAAAUGUGACUUCACCGUUCAAGUACAGCUAAGGUUUUGCUUAUCAGAGACAAGUUGUCCUCAGGAAGAUCAUUUCCCACCCAACCUUUGUGUAAAAGUGAAUGGAAAACCCUGUACCCUCCCUGGAUAUCUUCCUCCAACCAAAAAUGGAGUGGAGCCAAAGCGACCGAGCAGACCCAUCAACAUUACCUCCCUGGUUAGGUUGUCUACAACAGUUCCUAACACCAUUGUUGUAUCAUGGACGUCAGAAAUCGGAAGGAGCUAUUCCAUGGCAGUGUACUUGGUCCGACAGCAGUCCUCCUCAGUUUUGCUACAGAGACUACGGUCAAAAGGCAUUAGAAACCCAGACCACUCAAGAGCACUCAUCAAAGAAAAGCUUACCGCCGACCCUGACAGUGAGAUUGCCACCACCAGCCUGCGAGUCUCCUUGCUCUGUCCGCUCGGAAAGAUGCGGUUGACGAUUCCCUGCCGAGCGCUCACCUGCUCGCACCUGCAGUGCUUUGAUGCUACGCUCUACAUCCAAAUGAAUGAGAAGAAACCCACCUGGGUGUGUCCGGUCUGCGACAAGAAAGCCCCAUAUGAGCACCUUAUUAUUGAUGGGUUGUUCAUGGAGAUUCUGAGCAGUUGUGUGGACUGUGAUGAGAUCCAGUUUAAAGAAGAUGGCAAUUGGGCUCCUAUGAGAUCCAAGAAAGUGGUACAGGAAGUGUCAGCAUCGUCAAAUGGCAUUGAUGACUCGUGUCGGUCUGUUGUAUCAGACCACAGAAACAGUUCGUCCCACAGUAGCAGUAAGAAAGUGGAGGUAAUUGACUUGACGCUGGACAGCUCCUCAGAUGAUGAUGACGACGAGCCUCCACCUAAAAGAGCCUGUCCAUCUCUAUCACCCACCUCCCCACCUGUCAACAAAGGAGUGUUGAAUCUGCAUCAUCAGGCAUCUCCACUGGCACGGGCUCCCAGCAUGCCAGCAAUGGAGACAAACUAUAUCCCUCCCCCACCGCCUCUCAUCCAGGAUUAUCGUCACUAUUACCACACAGCCAGUGAUCUGUCAGAUCUGAAUUUCUUCUCAUUUUUACAAGGGGACAAUCACCAGCAUUAUAACAUGGUCAUGGCUGCUGCAGCCGCCGCCUCAGCCUCUGCGUCAGCAUCAGAAGACCAUGAGCUGCUGCUGAACCGCUUCAUGCCCUACGGUUCCUCUCAGCUCUUCCUGGAGCAGUCGGGGACGCCGGCGAACAGCUCGCUAGUGCCUGCCAACGGCAGCGGGGGCAGCAGCAGUGGAAGCAGCAGCAGUCUGGUGUCCUCCAGCAGUCUGAGAGACAGCCACCCACACACCAACGCCUCCCGCUCGCGCUCCGACGCCGCCGCCUCCGUAAUAUACGGCUCCAUCCCCGACGUCAUAUCACUGGACUGACCGCACUGGGGCGCCCUGCAAACGGACAAGCCUUUAUCACGAACGGCUGGAGGGCGGAGAAGGAUCUUAGUGCACUCGUGAUGGGAUUUAGACAUGAAUGGGAUCGAAAGUUUGGAGGAGGAAAACAAAAAGAGAACAAAGACUUUUGUAAAGAGAAGAAUACAAUUGCUGUGUACAGAGAAGAAAAAUCUAUUUUCAGUUUUACUUUUGUAUAUAAACAAUAGGACGCUGCCUACCCAGUGAGUGACUUCAGUUGGUAUUUUCUCCAUGGAUACUGAAGAUGUUUUUCACUGCUCUGUGUGUUGUUCUUUGAUUAUCUUAUUGUGUACCUUUUAUACUUUUUGCUAUUUUAUUUCACUUCAAAUAAUUAUUUUAGUCACAGUAAUAGAAUGGCAGUCAUCUUCAUCAUUUUUAUUUCUGAGACUCUUUCCCUCAGCCAUUGUUUGAUCAGUGAGGGAACACCACAUUAUUUAAUGCCAUUAUCCUGUGCAGGUAAUUUAUUAUUGCUUUAAGUUAUGUAGGAUGUAUGCUGUACAGAAGCAUUCCCUUAUGCCAAUACAGAAUCUAGCCACGACAUGCUUGAAGAGUCGACAGAGGUCACGUCUUAUUCCAGUUGCACAUUCAUUACCACAUUAAGUAUGUAGGAAGAAGAAGAAGCGGAGUUUAAAGACAUCAGUGCCCAGAUUUGCUGGAUAGUACCUGAGGUAAACUCUUGUACUGUUUUUUUAUUUCACGUUCUCAUAUCCUUUGAUGUUUUUUUUGUCUGAACUAAACCUCAAAAGGUGAGGUGAGGUUUGCAAAAACAGCGCUGAGGGUAUCAGAAAAUAUAGUAUACCUCAUUUAGUUUGUUGCAAAAAUGACAGAAUAAUAACCAGACUGAUGUUGCAGUAGACGAGUAAUUAUUUCCUCAAGACAUGAAGUGUAACAUCCCAUACCAGCAGACCUUCAGAUUCAGAUUUGGUCCCAAGAUUUCAGCUAUCAAACGGCAAUUGACAGCUUUCUGAUUUGGUGUCUUCUGUCUCUUCCAGUGGCCAUUUUAAAUGUCAAGAACACCUUGUCAUUUUCUCAAGGUCUGUGUGGUUUGGGCUACAAUUGAGAUGGGAACCAACCGUUCCAAUACAACCAUCAUCUAAUUCUAGCUUUAUAGGUUUUGAAAGUGUGCUUGGAAGGUGACCUUAUUGCAACAUAAUCUGUGCUGUCUAUUUUCAUCUGUGUAAAACUGAAUUUAUUUAUUUUAUCUAUAUAUUAUAUUUUUACUAUUUGUUUGAUCAUGCAUUUAUUUGGUAAUUAUUUCAAGAGCUCUUAACACUUGCUUUGCAUUGUACAAGUAGCUAAUUACGUGUCCUUGUCUCUCCUUCUCUCACAUUUGUACUAUAUGAGACAUCUGAGGCAUUAAAUUCCACAAUCGUA